AUGGCAUUCUUGCAGUCGAGAGGGUUAUCCGCAGCAAACAAGCCGCGCGUUGCGUUUCUUGGGCCUCUCGGCUCGUUCUCUCACGAGGUCAGGAAUGUCCCUGCAGCGGUGGCAUCUUUUGGCAAACAGGCAGUGUUGCUCCCCCAAACUUCAUUCCAAGAUGCGUUUGCUCUGCUGCAGGCAAACGAGGCAGACUAUGCUUCUAUUCCCCUAGAGAACUCUAGCAAUGGCGCAGUGGUGCAGACACUGGAUCUUCUGGCUGAUCGCAAGGGACAUUACAGUGAUAUCACAGUCUGCGGAGAGUACUAUCUGUCUGUACACCACUGCCUCCUGGUGAAAAAAGGCAGCGAGGGAGGGAAAAGCCCUGAGAUCCCAGAGGAUAUUACUAUCGACCCUCGCUACAAAUCAAUAACGAAGCUCUAUACCCAUCCACAGGCAUGGGGCCAAUGUGAAAACUUUCUUUCGAAGCACUUCAAAGGGAUUGAGAGGCAGGACGUCUCAUCCACUUCCAAGGCAGCGGAAAUCGUCUCUAAGGAGCAAGGCAACCACACCGCCGCAAUUGCGAAUAAAUUCGCUGCUGAGUAUCACGGCCUGGAUAUCCUGGCCCAGAAUAUCGAGGACGAUCCUGAGAACACCACAAGAUUCUUGCUUCUACGAAAUAUACGGUCAAAUGGUGCUGCUGACGGUGACGUUUCGCCCGAGGAUGCCGACCAAGCUGAGAGGAAGACGUCUCGGAAAACAUUAAUAUCCUUUAUAAUCGACCAUAGCGCGCCUGGUGCGCUGGCAGAUGCACUUUUUAUUUUCAAAAAAUUUGGGAUGAACCUAACAACAAUCAAUUCUCGCCCGGGCGGUGUCCGCCCUUGGCAGUAUAUAUUUUUCGUUGAAUGUCAAGCCUCAGCGCAGCCUCACAAUGACCAGACUAUUGAAAGGAUCAUGGAGGAGCUGAGGCAGGCUACUGUGGCAAGUAGACAUCUAGGAAGUUGGAAUGACAUGCUAGGGUCAAGCCAGAUAAUAAUAGGGCAAUGA